AGACCCCCACCCCAGUAUCGCGAGAUGAAAAGGACCGAAAGCCUAUUGGCUAAUGGAAUACGUGGCGUCAGACGCAAGACGUCUGGCUUCCCGCCGGAGCGUGGUGGAGUCUGCGAAUUACAUUUCUGCUCAUCCUUGAUCUGGUGGAGCAGCUACCAUGAGCAAAGCUCACCCUCCCGAACUGAAAAAAUUUAUGGACAAGAAGUUAUCAUUGAAAUUAAAUGGUGGCAGACAUGUCCAAGGAAUAUUGCGGGGGUUUGAUCCCUUUAUGAAUCUUGUGAUAGAUGAAUGUGUGGAGAUGGCAACUAGUGGGCAACAAAACAAUAUUGGAAUGGUGGUAAGUAAAGAUAAAAAGAUUUCUCUUAGACAUUUCAUUUUUCUUUUGGAAUGUACAUUAAAUUUCCUUACAUCAAACUCUUGAAUUAAAUUGGAGUUACUAACCCCCAGAAAAAGCAAAUAACUGGCAAGGUUAGACUUUGCAUCUCCUUUUUAGUUUAAGGUGUGGCACUCAUUUAGCUGUGAUUAUUAGUCAUUCCUUUCAGCAGUAGUUCCCGAAUAUUAGCAUAUGUAUCAGUCCCUAGGGAAUUUUGUUAAAAUGCAGAUUCUGAUUACUAAAUGUGGGGGUGGAGCUUGAGAUUUUAUGUUUCUAACAAAUGCCCAGGUAAUACAGAACUGCCAGUCACAGAUCACACUUUAUUUUACAUAGUUAACCUGAAUUUUGUGUUUUUUCAUGCCCUAUAUUUAAAAGUAACCAAGGUAAAAGUUACAAGGGAUAAUCACAAUGAUAGCCAUACACAUUCACAGGUAAAAAACAGAGGCAACCAAAAAAAAAUAUAUAUAUUGAGUUGUCAUCAUAGGAGCAAACUUUCCUACAUUCAUUAGGCAAUAGUUGUAGGACUACUGAAGAGUUUUUUCUUUGUUUUUUUUGAGACAGAGUUUCACUAUGUAGCCCUCGGUAGAGUGCCUUGGCGUCACAGCUCACAGCAACCUCAAACUCCUGGGCUUAAGUGAUUCUCUUGCCUCAGCCUCCCAAGUAGCUGGGACUACAGGCUCCUGCCACAACGCCCGGCUAUUUUUUUAUUGCAGAUGUCGUUGUUUAGCUGGCCUGGGCUGAGUUUGAACACACUGGCGCCCUACUCACUGAGCUAUGGGCACCGCCCUCCUAGAAUUCUUUAUAACUUCUUUUCCUGCCACUCCUGUUCAAGCUUUAUGAGGAUUGUUACCAAAAGAAUUAUGGUUAUCUUUCCUCCAAAUAGUAACUUUCAUUAACUUGGUUUUCCCUGUCCUUUUUUAUUGUUAAGGAUUCAUUGAGGAGGAUCCAUAGAUCAUUAGCUUGUUAUAGGUUUCAUGGUGCUCCCCACCCCAACACUUUAAGAUUGGCAUUUGAGGCUUUCUAAGAUUGAAUACCUUCAUGUUCACUUAGUCAAAUUAGAUUUCCCCCCCACCUCGCCUUAUAUUUUAUUGUCGUCAUAGUCUAUAUAGAAUUUCCUAUUUUCUUGUCAAAAUUCUACCCAAUUUCCAAGGCGUUGGUAAAAUGUCAUUUUCGUAAAGCCUAUCUUUAACAACUUCUAUCCAGGUUUUGUAAAUGAUCUUAUACCUUUAAGCUGUACCUAUCCUAUUGUAUUAUACCUGUUUUUCCCAUUAAUUUUUGAAUACCUUAAGGAUGUGUGUUAUUUGAGUUUUUAGUUAUAGAGUUUAGUAGAUGAGAUAAGUCAGUGGAGACUCUGCAUCUCAUAAAGGUGAUUGUUAGUCUUUGAUCUGGAAGAUGUGUGUCUUACAAAGGGCUUCAUAUUUAAAAAGACUAAGAUUGGAGACUUAAUUGGGUGGGCCAUGCAUGAUGGCUCACACCUAUAAUCCUAGCACUCUAGGAUGCCAAGGCGGGUGAAUUGCCUGAGCUCACAGGUUUGAGACUAGCCUGAGCCAGAGUGAGACCUCCUAUUGAAAAAUAGCUGGGCGUUGUGGCAAGUGCCUAUAGUCCCAGAUACUUGGGAGACUGAAGCAACAGAAUCACUCGAGCCCAAGAGUCUGAGGUUGCUGUGAGCUGUAAUGCCACGGCACUCUACUGAGGGCAACAAAGUGAGACUCUGUCUCACGGAAAAAAAAAGCCUUAGUUGGUGUCACCCUGACUUGGAAAAAGCCUCACAACUGACAUGUAAUAUUGAAAAACCCUUGAUGAUGAUAAAAAUUCUUUAAUUAUCAUUGGUUUCUUAAAUGAAUUAUUCUUUUCAUUUUACUUUUCUAUUUCUUAGGUAAUACGAGGAAAUAGUAUCAUCAUGUUAGAAGCUUUGGAACGAGUAUGAAUAAUGGCUGUUUUGUGGAGAAAUCCAUGUCCCGUCUCCAAUGAGCCUGUUUUACUAUGAUGUCAAAAUCGAGUCUUGUACAUUUUCAUAUUCAACUUUUUGUUAAAUAAACUUUUCUAAUAGUCAAAAA